AUGAUCACUGUUUGGCUGACACUUUUACUUGUUGCUAUAGGACCAAGUUAUCAAUACAAUUAUUCGUGUGAUACAAGUGCGACCUGUGGAUGUUCGUCUAGAUCGGCAAGAGUUCGUCGUAUUGUUGGUGGAGAAACAGCAGGAACAAACCAUUGGGGUUGGGCUGUGUCAAUAGAAAUUAACACUACUGGCCUGUGUGGCGGAUCUGUUCUGUCAAGCACAUGGAUCAUUACAGCAGCACAUUGUGUACGUGGAGUUUCAACAUCGAAUCUAACUGUUUAUGCUGGCUCAAGUGCUCGAUUUGCUGGCCAAUCUCGAAUAGCAUCUAUUAUUAUUGUACAUCCACAGUAUAACCGUAAUACUAUAGCUAAUGAUAUUGCUUUGAUAAAGCUUAGCACUCCAUUAACAAUGUCUACGGCAGUAAAGCCUGUUUGUAUACCAUCUGUAUCUUCGGCUACAUUAUCUGCUGGUGAAUGGCCACCAGCUAAUCUAUACGUAAACUGCAUUAUAUAUCUUAUUUUUGUUUUUAUAAUUAAUGUUCA